AUGACCUGUUUACCUGGACAUUGCAGUACUCAUUUCUGGGGACCAGUUGCCAACUGGGGUCUACCUUUAGCUGCCAUAGCCGAUGUGAAGAAGGACCCUGAGAUGAUCAGUGGGAAAAUGACAACAGCUCUGGCUAUAUAUUCCAUGUUAUUUAUGAGAUUUGCCAUAAAAGUCCAGCCCAGAAACCUGCUACUUUUCGCCUGCCAUUUUACUAAUGAAUGUGCGCAGUUAACGCAAGGAGCACGGUUUAUCAAUUAUCACUUUUUCUUAUCGUCAGAAGAGCGAUUACUUCACCACAAGAAAGUAGUGGAAGAGGAAAUAACAGUGCACCCAGAAUUGUACCCUGAGGUACUCCCCAUGAAACCUGCAGAAGAAAUGACACCCGAAGAUUUGGAGAAGCAAGUGGCCGAAUUUGACAGGAAGUAUCGUCUUUAUGACGAUGCCUUGAAAGAAGUCACGAUUGUGUAUCUUUAGCAAACUUGUACAAAUAGAAGCAUGUAUAUAUGGUAAUAUACUCAAGCUUUGUUUUUUUGUUUGAAGGCUGUUUCUAACUUUUUGUGAUAUUCAGCAUAAACUUUUCUCCUUUAUAACAUUUCUGUGAAUUUUACCUCAUCAGGCGUGUGUUAGAGUUUUUUGUCGUUUUUUUUUUUUUUUUUUUUUUGAUUUUAUCCUCCUUAUUAACUUAACUUAUUAAAUUACAAGUUAGAAAUAACCUUAUAGCUCACCACAGAAGGUUCACGAUGUAUUUGUAGAAUUAAUUAAAUACUGGUAAAUGCUAUUCUUUUCAAAACUAAAAAACAUGAUUUGUUAAAUAGGUAAAAUCUAAACAAAAGUGGCAGUCAUGUUUAGCAUGGAAGUAUUUUAGUCAUUGGUAUAUUGUGCUUUUUCUGAUCUGUUUUUCUAGCUACAUGUACAUGUAUGUGAAUUUAACAUCAACAUAUCAUUUGAAACUCUAAAUGGCUUCUUCGAACUCUCUCUAAACAUCUGUGAUUGUGUUAAUUUUGUUUCUGAUAUUAGCCUGGUGAAUGAUUAAAGUGUCUUUUAUUUUCCACUUAUAUUGCAUUUUUAUAGACCCUGAAUGUGCUUAGGAAUAUUUGCAUUUUGGAGAUCCACUAUCCAGGGUCCACUAUUCGAAAAAAAUAUGUAUAUAAUAUCUCUUAGCUUUCAUUAUAAUAUGGACAACAUAUUGAAAUUGAAAGUUUUGGGAAGUAGAACCCAAUAUUCUUAUGUCGUGUUUGUGAAGUGAGGAAUUUGAAGGUAAUCGGUUAAAGAAUUUAGUACCUAAUUCACUAUUGGUUCCUUGUUUUAACUUGUUGCCUGGCAUCAUUAAGUUAUUUUGUUUGUGUAAGUGUCUCUCACCUUUAGAUAAGGUCUCUUCAGUUUAAAUAAGUGGAAAUGGUAUGCGAACAGUGUAAGACUGUAACUCUUCAACCUUUUUCCCAUGUUUCCAAGAUUUUUAUUUCGACAUAUUCUGAAGGCAUUAUUCAAUUUAAU